ACGAGUGUCAAUAAACGGACACGCCUACAAAAACAAAAAAGACCAUUUGAAAAACACUUUCACCAAUUUUCAGCUGCUGAUCUGAUACCUUUAAGAGUACCCACACCCUGUUACCUUCUGAAGUAUCGUCUGGCUUGAAAAAACGUUUAGAUAGAUUUUUCAUGGAGGCAGUUAUUUAAUUGGGGCUUAUCACUUACUGACUGCCUUUUUCAAAAACGGAACUUAGUUUUCGAUUUUGAAGGUGACUUCUGUGUUUAUUAUCAAAACCAAUCAGUUAUUUUAAGACACUUUGCCUCAUUUAGUUUUAUUGUUACGCAAUUACCCCAUUGAAUUUUCUUUCUAAGAUAUAGUUUACGGGGCGAACUUGUCUGUUAAAUCAAUUCACCAUGUCUUUCUCCGCGUCUUACACUUCUCUCAAUUUUCCGAAGAGUCUUUUCGGCGCGAAAGAGAUGAGCGAAACAAAAACCGAAAAUAAACCUUACUACAGCAGUUUGUUGAUUCGGAUCGGUGGCGGUGGGGGAAUUGGAGGGAUGUUUGGGGGGAGUGGUAGUGCAGGGGCACGUGACUCAUCAGCUGACCAAUCAAGUAUCAGUGUGGCAUCGUCUCAUGACCAGGUGUGCUCCGUCUCGUCCAAUCAGGAACAACUGUCAGCGCCAUCUACCACCCAAUAUAGAAAGUACAAGCGACACUCAGCGGACGUGAGUAGGAGAGGAAGUGGGACUAGUGGCAGUGUGUAUAGUGUAGGCAGUGGGGCUGGUGCCUACUCGUCCUCCUCCUCAGUCAAGAGGGGGUCCGUCAACUCCCUCUCUGCCCCUCCCUCUGCGUGUGGGAGUAACAGUGGGUACUACAGUGGUGGAUACGGGUACCAGUUCAAGAGCGAAUACGUCCGCAACGCCAUCAACAAACAGCACUCCAACGGCGGAAGUGUGAACAGAAUUCACAGAAUGAACAGUAAAAACGACAAGUUGCAACUGCCGACAAACGACUCGUGUCGACGUUACUCGUUGCCGACAAACGAGUUAAUCGAGGAGUAUAAACAGAAACGACAGAGUGAGCGGGACAAAUCUGUCAACGCCAGAUACCGAUCAGGCUCCAUCGGCGCUUCCAUUUUCAACCUACUUCGGCCAGCUGAAAAUGCAGGCACGAAUCGAAGUCGUGAAGACAUUCGUCGUAGCAGUUGUAUAAACAUGCGGAACGAAGCGAUGUAUAAGUCGCCCAAUUUGCAGCUCCCAAAAAAGGUGCCGAAUCAUCGGCGUAGGAAUUCGGCUGGCAACAGCGGCGCCGCUCUCCGGGACGACAAGGAGCGAAGGGGGUCCUCGUGUCAGUUGCUGUCGAGCUUGGUUGAUGUUUGUAGUGGAGGCGGCGGCCGAGAGAAGCGGCGGGGAAGUCGUGGGGGUGGCGGAUCUUUAGGGGGGUCACAACGGGGCUCAGUGGCGGCUGAAUUGAUGGAAUCGCUGCUGAUUAGAACUGGGAGCAGCUGUGGGGUUAAAGCGGACACAGAAGAUGCUGCAUCAGGAGGGGGGAAGUCGACUCCCUGGUUCCAGAGUCUCAUCAUCUCCCAGCAGGACAGAGAAGAAAACAGAAGAAAGGCGGAGCAGAAAAAGACGCGUCAGCUGAUUGUUUCAUUGGUCAAUCUUGUCGGAAUCAUUGCCACUAUAUGCGCUGUGACAACUGGGCUGUCGAAGGAGGGCGUGAGAGCAGUGAUUGGGUUCGGCAGCUGCUACUUCAUCGCCACCGCCUCAUUCUCCACAGGUAUCUUCUACUUGUGCAAAUUGAACCAAGUGUUGCGAGAUGGAUCAGGUGGAGGAGGGGGAGGGGGGAGACUUAGAGGGGCUAUGUUGUCGUGUGGGUGGGUGCGGGUGAGACCCCGUACUAGUCUGCUGCUAGUGUACUUGCUGCUGCUGGUGCCCAUCAUAGCCUCCGUCUUCUAUCCUCACAACUGGCUACUCACUAGUUCUCUCACUCUGCUCCAGACUGCACUCAUCUCCAUAUACUCUUUUUUGGAGCUGAGGAAAUCCGCCCGCUUUUGGGCAACUUGCACAGAAAUAUUUUCGUAGAGAGAAGAAAGAGGCUCCUAACUACUUAUUUGCGACCAAACUAGAAUGAUUGAUUGACUAUUUGAUAUUUACAGUUUGUAGACUCGAGCUAUUCAAAUUGACAAUUGUGAUUAGUGUUUUCGAAAUAAAAACAGAAGUAAUCAAUUGUUUUGCAAGUAGCACAGAAUUUUCGAUCCACAUAAAC